GGACCGGCGGGACCGGGGGGGCAAACUGAGCCAAAGCACAACAUCAGAGAAGCCCGGGUCUUGGGGACAUGAGGGAAUUUUGACCCGCCCUUUGGAGCGAAGGAUCAUGUAAGAACAAAAGACAAACAGAAAACACACAGAAACCCUCCUUCUCUACUGAAACAGCUAUUAGGUGUAGUGUUCCAGCUUUGAAGUCCCUGAUAUAUGUUGGCUCAUGAAAAUGGAUUAAGAAGAUGUAGGAUCAUUCUGAAUAGCAGACUUUCCCAAGACCUUUAUGUGCAGGAGAGGGAGAAAUUUCCCAAAAUGUCAUACCCUUCAUGGAAACAAAUGCCAGGAAAAAGAAUGUGAACAAAACUUGUAGUGCUCUGUCAAGUCCUGGAGAAGCCCCUACUAGUAUCUCUAGUACCUUGUCCUCAGAGCAUCAUCUGGCACCAUCUAACGUGCAGAUCUUCCCGGAAAUUUUCCCAAAGUAGUACAUCUAGAAGCUGGACCCCAGUAAAGGUGACCAGGCACUGCAAUAGCAUCAAAACUGUCAGAUUUUUCAAACAUGUCUCAAACGCCCUUCCCACCAAGGAGACCUGGCUUGAAGGUAUGCUAUAUCUGUGGCAGAGAAUUUGGGUCACAGUCUAUUUCUAUACAUGAAUCCCAGUGCCUAAAGAAGUGGCAUAUUGAAAACGAUCAACUACCAAAGCACCUUAGAAGACCAGAGCCCAGGAAACCUGAGGUCCUUCCUGGUGGUUCCUAUACACUUACAGAUGAAAAUGAGGCGGCUUAUCAGAGUGCUCAAGCUCAGCUCGUGCCCUGUGGAAACUGUGGCCGAACCUUUUUUCCUGAGCGUCUUCCUGUGCAUGAAAGGUGUUGCAGAGGAGGUAGCAGCGCUCAUAAAUCUGGUAAAGGACCAAGGUCUGGAGCUGGCUCAGAAAGAUAUGAUCAAUCUGAGAACCAUCAAGGAAUGAGUGGGGCUGCAUCAGCUGCGCAGGCAAAAGUGAUAAAACGACCACCAACAGUGAUUUGUUACAUAUGUGGUCGUGAGUAUGGAACAAAAUCUAUUAGUAUUCAUGAACCACAAUGCCUGAAAAAAUGGCACCAGGAGAAUGACAACCUACCCAAGCACUUGAGAAGGCCAGAACCUAAAAAGCCUGAAGUAAGAAUUGUGCAAGCCAAAGGUUUCUAUGAUCUUGAUUCUUUAAAUGAGGCAGCCUGGAGCAGCGCCCAGACCCAGCUAGUUCCAUGUGAUAUUUGUGGGCGUACUUUUCUUCCAGACAGACUGAUCGUCCACCAGAGGUCCUGUAAACCAAAACCUGCAAAGUGAAGUGGAUGCAACACACAUGCAUACAAAUACACGCCUGCUAACACACAAACACGCAUCAAUAAAAUGUGUGUGUGUGUGUGUGCAUGAAGGCACACACAUGCACCCAUACCUUUCAGACAAACCACCAGAGAAAUAAAAUUCAGCUGAGAGGCGUGGCCAUCAAAACUGUAGUGUGUAAUCAUAUCAUGUGCUCCAGAAAUCUCUAGAGUGAAAAUCAGCAGUUGCUACCAAAGGAUAAGAUCAAAUACAGAAAAUUAUUUCCUUGAUAAUUUUGUUUCCCCUCUACCAAAGACUUCUCUGGUUAGUGUAAGGAACUGUAGCUGAACUUGACUAAUCAGAGAAACCAAGUAGCUCCUUUAAUUAAGUUUGUUCAUUUUUGUUGAAGUUUUUGGGGUUUUAUGGGAGGGAGGUGGUGUCUUUGUCCAUUUUCAGCACAAGACUAUUCAAGGACUCCCACUCAGAACUUAAAUCCAAGGAGCACUCCAGGGUUCAUAUCCUUGUGUGACAGUGCAUCAUGAAGACCUUGACUGCUACAAGUGAAACAUUCCCAUAUAAAGGGACCCAGUCAUGGGCCAUAGAAGCAGAAAUUGGCUGCUUUUAGAAAAGACCCCAGAAGUGCCCUCUUCUUGGAGCAUUUUGUGCUUAAGAAUGAUGCUGACCAUUUGAUUUAUCCUCAGCUCAGUAAACUGAACAUGCCAAAAAUAUUAUAAGUCAGAGAAGCAUAUCUUUGUCACAAACAUUGUAAAAGGAAACAUAUUUUUAUGUCAAGAUAAAACAUGCAUAGUGUCUCAGAUGGUUGGCAUAAAAUACCACCCUGCCCUCUGUACCAAAUGUGGCCAUAACAGAGUGCCAGUAUUGGCAAGAAGGGUAGGUAUACUACAAUAAAGCUGUGGGGAAGGUGUUUGAUGGUGCUAUUUUGUUAUGUAGAAGAAUCAGUGCCAAAACACAUCAGUGAAUAGGCUAAAAACAUAGAAGAAGUAAUACUCACUUUUACAAGGUACAGCAGAGAGCAAUUAUUAUUAUUUUACUUACUCUGUAGCAUUUUAUUAAGUGGUGAGGUUAUUCAAAAGGUAUGACAAAAUCCAGUACAAGUUGUGGAACAGCAAUCUAUGCUUCCUGAUAUUAUGAAAGAAACUGUAUAUCAUCUGUGUUUUUGUCUGCAGGCUUAAGGCCCAUAAUUGUCUGUUAUGUAUUUUGUGAUCAGCAUGACUUUUCUCAGAGCAUUCACACUUACUAUUGUACUUAAAAAUCAGAUGAAGUGGAUGCCUUCAUACACACUAAAAUGAAAUAUGGGUACCAGCAACUUUUCUUUUCCAAGCUAUCAAGCUGUGUGAUUUGUGGAAUAAGUGAAAUAAGAAGUAAUAUCAUUGUUCUGUUAUUAGAGAAAUGCUCCUGGUUCCAGCCCUGGCGGUCUGUUAAUUCAGAUUGGAGUGGUACCAGCAUUCUUUGGUGAAAAUAAUUUCCAAAACAAUCAAUGGUACCUCAGCAGCCCUUUCAUCUUCAGAAUGAGGAUUGUAUAGUCUGAAGAUAGAUAUCUUCAGGAGUCAAAGGUUCAGUUUCUGUUCUACAGAACAAAGCUGUAUAAACCCUGCAGAUCUGUCCUUGCUAGUGCCUCCAACCAUGAGAGGUGCUGGCAGAGCUGGACCAGUGCCAUCUCUCCUCCUUUUGGCUGGGAGAAGGCAUGUGGCCUGAGGAAAGAAGAACUAGGGCACUGGUUUGUGAUUGUUAAACUGGCUCCUUGGAGCUGUUGGCAGGCAACAUACACCAUGAGACCCUGAGGCUGUCACACCAACUGCUGGCCUGCUGACAAGUGGUUUGGUAAUUGGAGGAUUAUGGGCGUCAUACAAUCUCACCUUUAUGUCCCCUCUUCCACUUCUUGGAACCCACUUUCAUUUCUCAGACAUGAUAAGCAUUUUUUGGCUACAUCUCCCUCAGUGGGUCAUCAAAGUUCACUAGAGUCACUUCAAGAGAAAAAGCGUGUUUUAAAGAAACUAAGCCUUUGCAGAGUCACUGCAGUCCUUGGCAUUAAAAAUUUAGCCCUUCCUUUUGGUGGGAUUCAGAUGUCAGUCUGUGUCAUUCUAAGAGUUGGACUCAGUGAUGAUUUUAAAUCUGUCAGAAAUUUCACCCAGAACAGUUUUUCUGUGUUUCAUUGUCAACUCUACAUGUGUAUAUUUUUUAUUUUCUAGAAUUUUAUCCCAGAAAGCAAUAAAAUCUGCCUGAUGAGCUGAGCUGAAUGUUUAUAAACAACAGAGAAAGUACCAAUAUUAACUGUACUUUUAAUGCGCUGUUGUUACCCAGAAAUACCAUUGUAUGGGAGCUUCUGAAACCAUAAGCCUAGAGUAUGGUUUCCAGGUCAGCUUUUAUAAAAGUCAAAUGAGGAAUUGGUAAAUUAAGAGCUGUCUCUGCUAAUACAUGAUUGCAGCUGAGCUCUGAAUUUAACAUGGGAUUUGAGAAAUGGUGAGUCAAGUCAGCACUGGGCUGUGAGGGCUGAUGGUGAGACAGGAGCAUGCAAAAACUCAGGAGGAGGCAACAGCCCUCAGAAGGAUCUCAAAGAUUGUACAGUCCUCUUCCCUCCACAAGUUUGUGGGUACAGUGAUUUCCAAAAUAUGUAGAAAUAUAAAAAGCACUGACUUCCAUUUCAAAGACUCUCACUCACAUCCCUAGGUUACUCUGUCACAAGCUUCUCUGCUGAGCUCACCAGCCCCAGUGUUAGUUUGUGCCAAUGGUGAUGGUGAGUUCUAUUGCAAACUUUGUUCACUGGGAGAAGCACUGAUAGUACCUUCGUGGUUUGCUCUCAACAUAGUUAAAAUGAGAUCUUAUGAGCAUUUUUCAUUAUUGCUUGGCAUGUAUCAUUCGGACUUUUUUGCAGGAGAGGAAAAGGAAAUGAGAAAUUGAGCUACGUUGCCUCCGUUGUUUCCGUACUUGAGUGAUUUGUCACUUUAACCUUAUCUCAUCCACUGUUGGCUCAAUGUUAUUUCCAGCUGAAUCCCAUGUUUCCUACUGCCACAACACAUUUAGAGAGCUGAAAAAUGUCUUCCGGUACUUCAAAACCAAUGAUAUUCCAUCUAGUUGGCCACAAAUGUGCUGAUACCAGCCAGAACUAUUCCUGGACAAAAUAUACAGAAAGUGAGAACAUGGAUUGACAAGAAAAGUUCGAUCACAUUAAACAUAUGACCAUGCAGUUUCAGAUUAUAAAUAAAAGCCUCGACUCAUCUUUUAGUUCAGCCAUUUGAACCUACCAGUUCCAAAUAAAAAAUGGGAUAUUUUAUAAAAGCAAUUCUGAAGAUUGUAGUCAGUUUAACUGCAGACAUCAAAGAACCCAUACCUGCAGAAAAGUAUCAUGUGUAAAGUUGAAAGUCACAGUCCUUUAGUUACCAUACAAACUUCAAAAAGUCCUCCAUCUUUAAGGGCAGUGGCACAAAAUUCCUGGUAGGCCUUAGCAAAAAAGUUUCUUGAAUUGUUUUUCUUAAGGGCUACCAGUACUUAGUAAACUACAGCUUGAGGAACAAAAAAUUUGUAAAUGCAAUGUCAGUUUCUAUCUAAAAGAUAAUGAGAACAUACAUGGAUCUGUGAAUUCUCUCUGCAUGGCACAGACCUGGAAAGCAUAUAGCACUAUAUAGAAAUUAUGUUUUUGGCAUUGCCUCUUGACCAAUGACAAUUUAAAUGCUUAAGCUUUAGUUCAGAAUUUGUAAACAUAAUUUGGUUCUGUACUCACUGAAGCCAAAUCCUACAGUAGCAGAUGGGUACAGGAUGGAGCCAGAAAAUCUAAGAGAUUAAUCAGAUGUUGACACGUAUAUGUCUUAAUCAAAUUAAGUCCUGCAGUUUUUUAUGAUGGCACACAAGCUUUCAUAGCCUAUGUUCAUUUAACAAUAGAAUUUCAUAGUUGAGAAUUUUGGUUUUAAUACCCGGGGAGGUGGUCUAUGCACAGAAGUUCUAGGUGGGCUUUUGUGUGGAUCAGUAUUUGCUUUGAGGGUCCUGUCUGCCCAAGUGAUUAGUUUGGCUUCACUGUUGAAGGUUUCUGAAUUCUGUAUUUCUGAGCUGUAUCAACCACAGUGGGUUCAAAUGAGUUUACUCUGCCUGGAGACAUGCCACCCUCAGCUACACAGUAGCUACAUCAUGCAAAGGCAGGAUUCAGCAGAGGCAUGAAGUACACCAAAAAACAAAACCUACUGGCCUGGAAAACCCUCCAAGAAGUUGCCUGAUGGACCAUCUAAAUUCUUGCAUGCUGUUACGCAUUUAUUCCUUGGUCAAUGUCAUAACACACAUAUCCAGAGUAUUGUUGACUCUGGAACAUGCAAGGGUAAGGGACUCAUCCUAAAUCUAUAUUUCUUAAAAAACUUCUGUCAUUCAAAAAAAAAAUUAUAAUUUUCAUAGAAUUCGGAAGAAAGAGUUGACAACAGAACUGGAAAAUUUACCUGAAAAGUUAGAUUCCAGGAGCCCAGACUGUUUAACUUUUCCAAAAAAAAAGAUGAAGUGCCUCACUGAUAGCCUGUACACAUCCAGAUUACAGAGCCUUCUUUCCAGAAGAAAAGAUUAAAUAAUUUCCAAAGUAGGAAUUUGUUGCUAGUCAAACUCAGAAGUAAGAAACUCAGAUCAUUAAAACAGUGGAGCAGUUUACUGAGAUUUUUGGGGGAUUGUCUAUGAUGGGAUUUUUACAAACAUGAACUUCUUUUUAAAAAAAUAAUGCAUAGGCAUAGGUCUAAUAUGAAUAAAUUUAGGCCAGCCUUGUAUUACAGUACAGCCUGUAGGACAUUGGACUAGAAGACUCUAAAAUAUUAUCAUGAAAUAUAAUAAUUGACACAUAAUUUUCAGGAUAAAAAAUUGCUUUAAAAAGCUAUGAAAAAUAUUGCAAGUAGCCAGUGGUAUCUCUGAAUUAGGUACUUCAAAGGUAGCAGUUAAAAAGAAGAAACUGAAAGAUGCAUAUUUUUUAAAAGUAGUCCCACCUCUCCAAGAAUGUGGGCCUAAUAAAACAAAUAAAUAACAAGAUUAAACUGCUUCUUAAGGUAAGAGUAUUUGACUUGGGUUAUGAUCUGUACCUGUAUUUGGAAGUUGAAUCAGAUACCAAGUCAGGUUGUAAUAAUGAGAUCUUCAGAGCAGCAGUGAGAGAUCUCUUGACAAAAAAGUUUUGAGAUACAGUCUCAAAUGGAAUAUAAGUUGCCAGUCUCAUCAGAAAGAGGAGAUUGAUUUCAAAACAAGUACGAGGUUUGCCUUUUUUGCUUUCUCUGGCACCUUAAGGGGAAAAAGAUUUACCUAGGUUAGCUCAUAGGGCUUGUAAAUCUAAAUGGUUAGGAAACUGGCUGUUCAUGUUUCACACUUUAUUUUUGUAAUACAUCCAAUUGAAAACGAGUUAUACUCACUGCUGUCUAUUUAAAGGCUGUUUAAAGGCUGGAAAAAAGUAAAACAAAGGUCCUGCCAAAUAUAGCUUUUGAUAAAAGCAGAUAUCCAAGAUCUCCUUCUCCAGUCUACUCUCUUUGCACAAGUGCUGGUUUGUUAGCCACCAUAGCCUUCCCUGUAGCUCUUUUCCUCCCUGUGUCUCCUCCUCCACCAUUUAGCCUUUUCUGAUGCAUUUGGACAGAGGUAUCUUCUCUAAAUACCUCUUGGAGAAGUUACACUUCUCAGUAUAUGGCCAUGACAUAUGUGCAGCAUGGAAGAAGCUCGAGUCAGAAACAUGGAUCACACUGCACACUCCCCGUUACAAAAUGAUAACCUGGAUGCACUCAAAUAAUAUAGCAGAGCCACAUGGAGGGUUUUUAAUCCCCUAAAAUGUAAUAUUUACAUUGUAUCACUGAGAAGAUAAGAUGUAAAAGGAAUACAUUUCUUGAAAAACAUACUUGUGGCUGUGAGAAUAAAGAGACAGUCUGUUCAGAU